AUGAAGCUGUCCAUAUUUUUCAUUGCUGCUCUCCUCGGAGAGGCAGCUUGUGCGUACAAACUCGGUGAUAAAGCGACCGGAGAGACCGAUCCCGAUGUGAUUGAAAACUGCAGCCGAUGGGCCAACGACAUUGCUUCCGGUGAUACUUGCAAGAAGCUCGAAAGCGAUUUCGAUAUCGAUUACCUGCAACUACAUGAAUGGAAUCCCUCUCUGGUUAUGGAUCCCUGUAAUCCAAUUGAAGGAUGGAGCUAUUGUGUCGGCAGCCCAAGCAAAACAAACAGCCUAGCCGGACUUGUGGGUACCGAAGCGCCUACUCUUAAGAACCCCAACUACACCGGGUCAUCCUCCAGCGCAUCUGCGUCUGCGUCUGCGACUGCCGUUUCCAGUGCCAACUCGAGCACCAACACUAGCUCAACUGCCACUGCGAACUCAACUUCGAAUGCCGCUUCUAAUAUCAGCGAGUCGCCGUCUGCCCAAAAGACAGGCAAUGCUAUUAGCUUCGGGGUCGCCAACGUUCCCGCUGUUAUGGUAUCUGUUGCCCUCUCUGUCCUGACCUUGCAACUUAAUUAG